AGCUCGCUAGUAGCCAAAACAGAGGUGCGUGCGUGCGUAGCCAAGGCGAUCGCGAGUUCAUUAAUUGGUUGAUUAACAAGCAACGAGUGCGGCCAUGGGGUCGUCGCCGAUGCUUGGAAGCAUUGCCAACAGGUGGCGCGAGCUCCAUGGCGAGGACUCGUGGAACGGCCUCCUUGACCCGCUCGACAUCGACCUGCGCGCGUCCAUCAUCUCCUACGGCGAGCUCGCGCAGGCCACCUACGACGGGUUCAAUCAGGAGAAGCGCUCGCCGCACGCCGGCGCGUGCGUGUUCGGCCACUCCGACCUGCUGGCCCGCGCGGGCGUGGCCGCGGCGGGAAGCUACGCUGUCACCAAGUUCGUGUACGCCACGUCCGGCCUGCCCAUGCCCGAGGCGUUCCUGCUCCUGCCGCUGCCGAUGCUGCCGGAGGCGUGGUCCAGGGAGUCCAACUGGAUGGGGUACGUCGCGGUGGCAACGGACGAGGGCGUCGCCACGUUGGGGAGGCGCGACAUACUCGUGUCGUGGCGCGGGACGAUGAAGAACCUCGAGUGGGUCAACGACUUCGACUUCACGCCGGUGUCCGCCGCGCCGGUGCUGGGACCCGCGGCGGCCGCGAACCCGGCCGCCUUGGUGCACAGGGGCUUCUUGUCCGUGUACACGUCCAGCAACGCAGACUCCAAGUACAACCAGGCCAGCGCCAGAGACCAGGUUCUUGAGGAGGUCCGCAGGCUAAUUGAGCUGUACAAGGACGAGGUGACUAGCAUCACCGUCACCGGCCACAGCCUCGGCGCGUCGCUCGCCACGCUCAACGCCGUGGACAUCGUGGCCAACGGCGUGAACGCGGCCGCCAACUCCUCCCAGCCGCCGUGUCCCGUGACGGCCAUCGUUUUCGCGAGCCCGCGCGUCGGGGACGGCAGCUUCAAGGCGGCGUUCCGCUCGUUCCCAGACCUGAGGGCGCUCCACGUGAAGAACGCCGGCGACAUCGUGCCGAUGUACCCGCCGCUGGGGUACGUGGACGUGGCCGUGCCGUUGCCCAUCCACACGGGCCGGUCGCCGUACCUGCGCCACCCCGGCACGGUGCAGACGCUGCACAACCUCGAGUGCUACCUGCACGGCGUUGCCGGGGAGCAGGGCGGCGCCGGAGGGUUCAACCUGGAGGUGGACCGCGACGUGGCGCUGGUGAACAAGGGCGAAGACGCGCUCAAGGACGAGUACCCGGUGCCGGCGGACUGGUGGGUCGCCGAGAACAAGUGCAUGGUCAAGGGAGACGACGGGCACUGGACGCUCCAGGACUUCGAGCAAAUCUAAUCAAGCUCGACUCGCAUGUCUGUGCCUUCGUAUAUU